UCUGUUCCACCAACAUAUUUCUACGGUUUUUCUCUCUACGUCUAAACAAUCAAUUUCAAUGGCUUCUUCUUCCACAUCCGAACAAAAGAAGAAGAUACGGCUAAAGAGCGCCGAUAACGAAUUAUUUGACGUCGAUGAAGAUGCUGCUUUACAAUCUGAAACAAUCAAGAAUUUGUUGCAAGAAAUUUCUGGUGAUCAGAUAGUUCCUUUGCCAAAUGUUACCUCAAAAAUUCUGGCUAAAGUCAUUGAGUACUGCUCCAACAUGUGUGAAUUGGACCAAAUAAUUUCAGUCAACAAACAGUGGGAGUCUUUUUUCAAGAACUGUGACCAGGAUACUUUGUUUGAUACUAUUUUGGCUGCAAACUACCUCAGUAUCAAGUCCUUGCUAGACUUAACCUGCAAAUGUGUGGCAGACAUGAUGAAAGGAAAGACACCCGAAGAGAUAAGAGAGAAAUUCCACAUUGUUAAUGAUCUUACACCUGAGGAAGAGGCAAAAAUCAAGGCAGGGAUAUCAUGGGCCUUUGAAUAAGGAAUUGAAGCAGGUUUCAUGUAGUCGUCGAAAAUGGGAUAACUUUUUUGUAGGUCUGCGUAGAUGUUAACAGAGUAGAGGUGUGAAUUGGAUGACGUUUUUGGUUCGACUGUGUAGUAGAUGUUAACAAAGUAGAGGUUGGAAUGUUCAAUGUUGAUGGGAAACACUAGCUAGUAAAAUGUUAGUAGAAAUUGAAGAGAUGUUAAACAGUAUGUGUUUUGUGCUAAAAUUCCUGUUAUG